AUGCAACCAAGCAUUAUCGAUUUGAUUCCUGGUGAUGAUGGAUACUCUGAUCUUAAAAGAAUAAACAUAGUUACUGGAUUAACGAAUAGAUCUAGUAAUAUCACUUCAUACGAUGAUUUGAAAAAACUUGGUAACAGUGUACAAAUUUUCCAAUCUGAUAUUUAUUACAAUCUUCCAAACCCUGCUGACGGUCAAGAAAUGUUUGGUUACUAUAAAGGUGUUCAGUUUCGUUAUUUUAAUUUCGGUAUUAAUACAGCAGGUAAUGCUACUGCUCCUAUAUAUCAUGUGAAUUCAGACAACGGUACCUUAAUAUCAGCUAUUCUUAGUACGGUUCCAGGACUUAGUAACUAUUCUGGAAUUUGGACCGUAUAUGAUAUCACCGCUGAAGAUAAAGCUCCAAUAACUUCUUUUAGUCAAGUUUCGAAUCUUGAACAAGUUUAUAGUGGUGUCGUUGCAAAUUGUCCUGUUUCCCUAACUUCAUUUCCCAGACCUAGUGCUAAAAGUUCUGCAAAAGGUCCUCGGCAAUGA